AGGUAACUCAGCGGGUCAGGAGGCAGCAUCACUGGAAAACAGAGAACACUUCGCAAAGCAAGAUGGAAGAAGAGCAAUUUGUGGAAAUAUGUGCAGAGAAAAUAGACGACAAAAGGAUUGAAGAAAAGGAACGGAAAAGAGACAAAGAGAAGGACAGAGAUAGAGAACGGCGGAGAAGCAAGCACAAAGAGAGCAGGAAGGCGGAAAGGAAGGAAGGCAGGGAGAGGGAAGAGCAUAUCCAGAGACGAGCGAUUGGAGAGGAGGUCCAAAUAGACAAGAAAGAUGAAGAAUUUAAAAGGAUUGACUAUGAAGGGCAACUAAUGGACCAUGGUAAUUCGGUGAUCAUCACGCAAACUCCACUAAGUUGCGGCGAGGACAACCUGAUCAUCAAGGAUGAGAAAUCGGGGAAGUCCAUCCGAUCUGGCGUGGCUUAUAAUAGAGGGACAACAGUCGACUCGGGGUCGAAGGGGAGGUCGCGGGAGGAGAGGCACGGCUCGGCUCACACCCAGCACAGGGGCGAGAGGGACAGCAAGGCCGGCGGCGAGAAGCUCCUAGAUCGGUCGGACAAGGGGUCUCACCCCGGGGCGCACCCGGAGUCGAGGAAGGGAGGGUCGGAGAACAUCAGGCCGGCGUCGGAGGAGAGGGAGAGCUGGGUGGACCCCUACAUCAGCCCCCCGCUGUGCCGACCCAAGUACAGCUAUCGGGAGAGCAUGGAGAAGGAAGAUGGAGUGGAGAAACAUCACCACCACGAGAGGAAACGGUACCCGUCGCCGGAGUCCCUGACGGAGCCCAGUUACCACACGGCCCAGAUCCUGCUCUCCAGCGCCGAGCCCAAAGGGAAUCACAGCAAGCAUCGCGGCGCGGACAAGACGCCGCGCUCCGAGGCCAGGGACUCGAAUAGGAAGCGGUCGGAGAGUCGGCAGAGUCCCAACGUCCACCUCUACAUGUCCGAGCUGGCUCCGCCAUCCCUGGAGACCAAGAUGUUCGCCCCGACCCCGCACCAGGACAGCCGGGCACCGGGAGAGCACAAGAGGAGGUCGAGAAGGAGCAGCGCUAAGGAGGACAGUGGGACUGGCAACAGCGCGCACACGGUCCGCGCCGCCGAGGAGGAGAUGGCGGAUGGUCGAGACGAUGACAAGGUGAAGGUGGUCUCAGACGCCCCCGGCGACAGGGGGGCGGCAGAGGUGGUGGGCACCCGGGGGAGGUCGCGGGAAGAUAAAGGGUGCAUCAUCGCCCACAGGGGGGAGAGGGAUAGCAAGGGCGGCGGGGAGAAGGCUGACGACCGCUGGGAGAUCUCUCUCCCGGGAGACCCCCCAGAGUGCAGGCAGGGUGGGCCGGAGAAGCACAAGAUGACCUCGUCGGAGGACAGGGACGUGUCGGAAAGCUCCUCCAUCAACCCCUCGUCGCGCCGCCCCAAGUACAGCUAUCGGGCCAGCUUGGAGAAAGGAGAGACCAGGGGCGAUUUGGAGAAACGCGCUGGUCCCCACUGCAUGCCCGCCGAGCCUAACCUGAGAACCUCGCAGAAGAUGGAGUACACGGUGAUGAGUAACGUCAUCAGCCCCGAGGUGAGGCGGAAGCAUCUGAAGCACCACAAGAGCAGCUUGCCCAAGGAGCAGCAGCAGGCCAACGGCGAGGAGGAGGCGGCGGCGGCGAAGGAUCAGAGCGGCCUUCAGCCCGACCAAGGCUUGCAGGGGAGCGCGGAGCCCGACCUCGCCGCGCCGUCCAAGACGCACCACCCCAAGCCUCCCCCGGCCGCCGAGCAGAUGCCCAGCGGAGUCGGGGACGUCCCUCUGCAGCCCGAGCAGCUGGCGAGAAAAGCGAGGAAAAGCUCCAGGGACAACAAGGGCGCGGUGGCCGCCAGCGCUUCUCCAGAGUCGUGCAAAGUUCAGGACAGUGGGACCGCCGCGGCGAGUAACGGCGAGGGCAACGCCGUGAAGGGCCUCGAUAGCUGGGGCAAGAGGGUCUCGCCGGAGCUCCAGCCCGAAGCAAAACACGGGGUCGGCCCACCCGAGGCAGAGAAACGGGAGAACAGUCAAGGAAAUAGACCCCCCAACUCGAGGCGACCCCGCUACAGUUAUGGCACAAAUAUAGACAUGGAAGAUGAAGGCUUCUACCCGUUGAACAAAAGUAUCAGUUCCUACUCUCAAUGGCCCGUGGAUUCUGUUCUCCGAGUCACCAAAUCAGAGUACAUGGUGGCCUCUUCAUCCAGCAGCCCCGUGAGCAACAGGAAACUGAUUAAAUACACCAGCUGUCUGGCCGAGCAGCCCUCGACUCUGUCCAAUUUCAUCAACAAAGCCAAACAGUUGGAGAUUGCCACGUCGAUGCAGCCGGUCUCGGCCUACGGGUUACCAAGCAAACCCUUUCCCUUGGGGCCAGCGGGCCCAACCAAGGGUGGUCCACGGGGCAUGUGCAACGGCGCGGACAUGGACGGCGCCUCUUUAACGCGCAAGGAGUCGGACCCCGGGGUCCAGGUGGAGCUGUGCGCCACUCACCCUCAGGCCAGGCGGCGUCGUGAAAGCCAGAGAGGCGUUUACUGCAAACCGCUCCUGCACCAUCUCCCCGAUGGAGACACGGAUCGGGGACGCGAGGAGACAUCUCCGGCAGAUGUUAAGCUGGUGUCCACUCACUCCAAUAUUUCGCUGCGCCACCGAGCCGCGCCCUCGCUGGGAAUGACCUUAACCGACGGCAACAUGUGCGUGGACAUCCCCAGGCCGAUCGUGUCCGCAUCUCGGAGCAACCUGGCCGGGAUGUCGCCGUACGGCAACGAGAUAGUCUCGAGUAAGAUUUGGACCAAGUGCGGCCACUUCAAGCAGCAGCACCAGGAAUGCCAAAAGAGGUCCCUGCAAACGCGCAAACGCUACCAGGAGGAGGUGAAAGCGGCGCUGAUGAUCCAGGCCGCCUGGAAGGGCUACCAGACCCGGGCACAGAUCCGCAAACAGGCCGAGGCCGCCGUGAUUAUCCAAGCCGCCUACCGGGGCUACCAGAUUAGAAAGUUUUUAACAGAUGGUAUGGGUGUGAAUGCAACGGAUGAGCUGAACGAGGCGCAGGACGGGCACUGGCAGGACUCGGAGUACCCAGAGAUCUUCCUGGAGGAGAUAUCACACAGCGACUACAGCGAGAGUGAGCCGGACUCGGGCGACGACUGGCUGGACUCGCCGGUCAGUGUGAUCGUGGGCAGUCCUGGCAGCUGCGGGGCGGACAUAGCCAGCCGAGAGGAUCCCCCUCCUGUCGAAGUCUACUCGCCCACCCCCGUGCUACAAUAUGAGAGUGUCUACCAAUCGCAAAGGUGCAACUGGGGAGAGGUUUAGAGUGAAGGGGGGAAGAGGCGGGGCCUCUCUUAGUACUUUAUUCCUUUCUAGAGAUAGCAAUGCAAGUUUAACAAAACAGCAUUUGGAAUAAACAAAUAAAUACAAAGCCUCGGUGGUCAACUUGUCUUUGUCCAGGUGGACUCCGGGUUGUAGCUCAUACAGCGUGGAAACAGGCCCUUCAGUCCAACUUGCCCACACCGACCACCAUGUCCCAUCUACACUCGUCCCACCUGCCUGCGUUUGGCCCAUAUCCUUCGAAACUUGUCCUAUCAAUAGACAAUAGGUGCAGGAGUAGGCCAUUCGGCCCUUCGAGCCAGCACCGCCAUUCAAUGUGAUCAUGGCUGAUCAUCCCCAAUCAGUACCCCGUUCCUGCCUUCUCCCCAUAUCCCCUGACUCCGCUAUUUUUAAGAGCCCUAUCUAGCUCUCUCUUGAAAGCAUCCAGAGAACCUGCCUCCACCGCCCCCCUGAGGCAGAGAAUU